AUCAGUUGCAGACACUAGAACCUUGCUGUUGCCGAAGACAUUGUAGAUGCCCCGAAGAAGAGCUGUCGCAGGAGACAUCAGUCACUGAUAUAACAGGUUCCCUGAAUGUAACUGAACUGAAGAUCUGCAAAGCAAUGGAGCAAGAGUCAGUCGAGCCUGUACUGAACAGUGUUCAUUUGGACGUGUGGGAAGCAGCAGUAUUACCUUUGUUGUCACUUGCUGACAUCUUUCAGCUAUGUGGUGUUACGCGAGACGUCCGGGAGCUGCUGCAUAAUGAAAACACAUUCAGGCGUCUGUGUCUGAAUCGCUAUCAGAUUAGUCCAAAUUUGAAACUGUCGUACAUCACAGUGGCGAAGCACCUCUGCAUCGCCACCAGAGUAUCCAGGAUACAUGAACCCAUAUCUGGGACUGGCCAUCACUGCGUUGUGGACAGCGGUGAUCCUCAUCAUCAUGACUGGGUGUUAGACCAAACAAUCCGAACGAUCCUGCAAUUGUCCAGCCUAGCGUGGAUGCCGCCUAAAGCCCAAACCAUUAUCCGGUACAGCACUCCGCUAUCGAAGCCUAUAAUAAAAGAACUUUGGCUAUCAUCAACAGAACUCUCUUCCUACCUACCCUAUCUUUCAACUGCAUUGAUUGAGGAAAAAUGUAGACUAGGAGAACUGACGACGUACAGUUUGUACGACGCGACACGUUUGUUGUUGAGGAUUUGUGGCUCCCAUGAAGAGUACCAAACAUGUAUCCUUAAAAAAAUGGAACACGAUAGUCCGGGGAUUGAGUCAUACUUGCCCUACGCAAACCACUCUUGCAAGCUAGUCGAGCUUGCAAAAUGCUUUGAAUGCGUUUCAAGGAGGGAUCCAACAUUGCUCUCGUCACUAAAAUGUGAGAACCUGGUACCAACACUUCCUCAGCACAUUACUACUCGGUGGAUUUAUAACCCAUACGACUACAUAUUAAUCGAGAAUGAUAUGAGUGACCUUCUCAGCGAUGACGUGUUGGCGACUCAGAAUUGGGUCGACUUCACAGUAAAGCUAGCUGAGUGUCACUCAGUGCUCAAGCUCCUGAUCAGGGGACGCCUACGUGUGUCGCAGUUGGAGGAUUACUUCUUGGCCGUCAUGGAGUACGACGAGCUCUGGCACAGUCUUCCCCAGUCCAGUCGUCCCAGUCAGGAAGUUCUCUACCGCGACCUGGGAAGCUACUUACUUUCAACAAUACCAACGUCGCAGUGUGAAAAGGAACUGAGAAAAGAGGAAUUGCUGAAUGCCAUGGAAAGGUGUGGCAAGAAGACUGUUGACAGUUCGACCCGCAAAGCGUGUGACAGUGCGUCGAGCGAAGUGUGUGACGGUGCGCCCCAUGAAACCCAGCUCCUUGUCAAGCCAGAGCUGGAGCAGGAAGCACGCCAAGUGUUUGCCGACACAGGGAUCCGGAUUGCCACGGGGAGCUUGCGUUAUCUCGGCUCCGAGAUUGGAUCGGAAGAGGCGGUCGCGGAAAGUGUGCAGCAACGGGUGGCGAAGUGGAAGGAAGAGCUGAAGAAGCUUACAGAGAUUGCAAAAACGGAGCCACAUGCUGCCUAUGCUGCAAUAUCUCAUGGUUUACGUGCAUCAUACAAGAGCAAGCCCGUCAGUGAUCUUCUGAAGCAACAUGAGCGCAACAAGAAGAAAUCGCUAUCAGAUUAG